UUUGUCUUCCACACUGUUCCAGCCAUGAAUAAAAUUACAGGACUCUUUCUCUCCUUAACCCUUUCCCUUUGGGCCUGCUGGGCACUGGAACCAUUGGUGCAGCAUCCUCAUGCCUCUGGAUUUCAAGAAUGCGUACAAGCCCUGGAACUUCCUGCCCUGGAAGUUCUUCCAGGAGGUGGCUGGGACAAUCUAAGGAACCUGGAUAUGGGGAGAGUGAUUAGCCUAAAUUACUCUUUGUGCAGAACCACAGAAGAUAGAGCUUACAUCCUCCCUAAUGAGGUCUUCACCAUUGCCCGUAAACAGAGCUACCUGGAGAUGAACGCAGAGAUCAUAGAGUCUUGGAUGGAUUAUCAGUGUACUACCGCAGCAUCCAUUAAUGCAGAGGUGUCCUCUUCUUUCAUCAAUGGCAGGUUCUCCACUGACUUCCGCAGGAUGAAAACCCACCAGGUAAGAGGCCAAGCUGUAACCACCAGGGUUCAGGUCAGAAACUUGUUGUACACAGUAAAGUUUGACCCUUCAGCCAAGUUAGAUGAAGGCUUCCGGCAGCAACUCAUUACCAUUGCUAGCUAUUUGGAGAACAACCAGACCCGAAUGGCUGACUACUUGGCAGAGAUCUUAGUGCUGAACUAUGGCACUCAUGUAAUCACUGGCGUGGAUGCUGGAGCCAGCCUCGUCCAGGAGGACCACAUCAAAUCCACCUUUGUGAAAGACAGCCAGUUCAUGAGAAGUUCCAUCACAGCUGCUGCUGGCAUCUCUCUCCAGAACAUCAUCAGCUUCGGCAGUAGCAUUUCAACAGGAACAGAGGACAAUUUCACCAGGCAGUAUCAGGCUAACCGCAUCAACUCUAGGGUGGAGAGCAUUGGAGGGGUGUCCUUUUAUCCUGGCAUUACCCUGAAAGGCUGGCAAGAAAGCAUCACAAACCAUCUGGUAGCAGUUGACCGCUCAGGCUUGCCGCUGCAAUUUUUUAUCACCUCCCACCACCUGCCAGGCUUGCCCAGUCCCACCGUGACGAAGCUGUCCAGGACAGUGAAAACUGCCAUCUCCCGCUAUUACACUUUCAACACGUACCCUGGCUGUACUAAUCCAGCAUCGCCCAAUUUCAACUUUUAUGCCAAUAUGGAUGAUGGGACCUGUGAAGGGACUGCAAGGAACUUCACGUUUGGAGGUGCCUACCAGGAGUGUGUUCAGCUGGAAGGCCCUGACGCUGUCCUGCUCUGCCAAGGCCUGGAGCAGAGGAAUCCGCUCUCGGGAGGGUUCUCAUGCCCAGAGGGCUACACAGCUGUCCAACUGGGCUCACAGCAACGUGAGGAAGGGUACAGCCACUUGGAUUGCCACCAGGACUGCCUCAUCUGGAGGCUGUUCUGCAAGAAGGUUUGCAAGGAUGUGGUCACACCUUCCAGAGUGCGAUUUAGCUCCUAUUGGUGUGCAGCCAGAGGACCUGUCCCUGCAAGCUCCAGCUUCCUUUUUGGGGGGCUCUUUAGUGUAAACAGCAUCAACCCCAUGACAAAUGCCCAGUCUUGUCCCUCCAGGUACUACCAGCUGAGGCUCUUUGACCAGCUCAAGAUUUGUGUCAGCAGUGAUGAAAGAGGCCAGAAGUACUCUGUGCCCUUUGGAGGGUUCUUCAGCUGCCAGGCAGGAAACCCACUGAUGGGAUCCCACAAUGGAACAAAGAAUGACCCAUACCCCAAAAGGUGCCCAGCAGGAUUUAGCCAGCACCUGGCUCUGAUCAGCGAUGGCUGCCAAGUGGAUUACUGUGUCCAGGCUGGGCGAUUUAUAGAAGGGUCUCUACCCCAAGCCCGACUCCCACCCUUCACUCACAAGCCUGCCCUCAGCUCAGUUGCCACUGAAACCAUCCUGGUGAUGAGCGGCAGCAGUGGUCAGACCUGGGUCAAGGACCCCCAGACCCAGCUGUGGAAGGUGGGCAGCCCUGCAGAUGUGCAAUACCACAUGAAGGGGGAGCAGGGUGCUGGUGGGAGCUUCUCAACUGGAGAAGCAAUUGGGAUCAGCAUGGGUGCCACCACUGGAUUGGUCAUCCUGGCUGUCCUGGCCGGCUGCGGAUACAGGCGGUACAAAAGAAAGGAGUACAGCAAGAUAGAGGGAGAGGAGGCAAGCAUGAUUUCAAGCAACCCUGCCUAUGGCCUCAUGCCCCAAAUGGAUACGUUCCAGGAGGAGCCGGAAAGGCAGGCCGCCUAGUGGGGUGCGAGUGCUAGCUCUGCUGCGUGCAUUUACAUGGAUUCAUGGUGAGCUUUCCGCUUCUCUUCCCACUCCACAAAGCCUGUGCUGCCGCGUGUAGCCCCGUUUCCUCUUGCUCCUCAUCAUCUGUUCUCCGAGAGCAGAGGCAAGAGCAGAGAGGGGGCUCCAAAGGGACGCUCAUUCCACUGCAUACACAGGAAGCUGCCUUAUGCUUCUUAUGGUCUGUACCAGGGGCAGGGGGAGCAACCUUUUUUUCCUUGGAGGCCUACGUUGCCUUUGGGGGUAGCCUGUUGGGGACUCUAUGCAGGGUCAGAGCCAAAAACAGGCAAGGCCAGCCUUUUCCCUCUUCUGCCAUGUGCCUCUUCAUGACUGUGCCAUCACUUUUUCUUUCUGCCAAGAGGUUUUUUCUUUCUGCAGUGGGGGAAAGGCAGGUGGCUUACCUGUAACUGUCAUUCUUUGAGGGGUCCUCUGUGUCUUCACACAAAUAGGAAAAGAUCUGUUCUGACUGUGACCAUCUGCCAGAGAACCAAGGAGAGCUGCCCAAGGUCUUCCAGGUGGAAGCAUCCACCUCUCCUGUCCGCAAAGGGUCACGUGGUAUUAAACUGCUGAUGUCCCUAGGGCUGCACUGCUUUACACUGACCCCAGCAGAUCCCCAGAGUGUCAGGCAGGAGUAUUGACAUGUCUGAAAUUCCUGGAGGGCAGCCCAGAAGGUUAUUGUAUGCUCAUGUGGUUGAGGACAGAUAGCACUGGGGUGCAUUCAAUGCUCACCUUCCAGCCUGUUAGUUUGUGCAGCAGAUCACAGGUUAAGCUGUGGGCAUACACAUGAGAGAGUUGCUUUCAUCUUAGUGGAUUCCCUGUGAGUUCUUUUAAAAGAGUUGGGGGAAUCUUGAGGUCACUGGGGUCAGUGCAGUCCAUAGAGGGGAAGGGUUUUCUUUCUAUACACUUCCUGGAAGGUCCUGUGAAAAUCAAAUCCUUCCUACUUGGGACACUGAUUUUCAAGGACAGUCCCCAGUGUGUAUACAGGACUCAAGGACUCAGAAACUUGCAUGACUAUGUGUCUGAUGCUGGUAAGCAAGCAUUUGUAUUAGACUUGGUGUACCCUCUUCUACAUGCAUGCCGGCACACGCUUUCCCUAAAGCAGGAGUAAUGUGCAAGUAAGAAAAGAUCCUUUGCUGUGUCUUAUUUAUGUUUAUCUAUGUUAAUUGCUGCCCUGAGACACUGUAAAGGGCGGGAUACCAAAACUUUAAACAAACAAAACAGGAAUAUCCGGUGGAACAGUGCAGUGUCAACACCAUGCCCUGAAUGGGGCAAGCACUGACUCCAGCAUGCAUCUCCAAGGCACACAGGCAGCAGAGAGCACUUGCCCAGAUAAACAGGCCCAGCUGGAAGUGUGGUCCCAUAGGCAGGAGCUGAUGGAACAGCUUUACCUAUCUGGUGCUUGCCAGAAGUUUUAGACAAGAAUUCCAGCAUUCCUUAUUGCUAGCUAUGUUAGUUAGGGCUAUUGGGAACCAAAGCAGAAAACAUCUGCAGGGCACCUGGUUGAGGGAAGUUGUGACAUGUUUCAAACUAGCCACAGCCUGCCCCCUUCCUGUCUCCUUGCAAGACACAUCCGUGAAGCAUUUGUGGUGUAUGUGGAAGUGCUGUGUUGGUUGGUUAUUAUCCCCACCCCCACCCCUCCCCACUCCAGGAAUUGACAGGAAUGAUGGCAGGACUAUUGCAGCCUGCACAGCCCAAACAAACAUCUUCCCACCAUGCUGGAAGGAGGGGCAGGCUUACCCUGCCAGUGAGGUACAGGGCUUGCGGGAAGCCGUCCCUUGCACAUGCCCAAAGUCCCUGUCAGCAACUAUUUUGUGGCUGGAUGCAUCUAGGUGAUGCAGCACACACAAAAGCAGCCAAUGCUGAGUCCUCUUGCCACAGACUCUGCAAAUCCCCUUUUUCCUUUAGGGCAGAUAAUGGGGGAGCACAAGGCACCACUUUGGGAUCCAGCUGUGGGCUGGGCACCACUUGUCAGAUUCCUGUCCUAGCUGCAAUCUCAGAGAGGGGUGUCCUCUCUACCACUUGCAUCCCACUGCUGGCCAAAAGCCCUCUAGCCAUAGGCUCCCUUCCCCUAUUUCCAGCAAUUAUACGACGGGCGUUCAAUGUAUUCUCGGUAUCACCAUGAAG